AUGAGGCGGCGGAGGAGGGAGGAGGGGGAGGCCGACGCGGGUCGCACAGGGACGCGGGCGCGGGCGGUCGAGGGGCGAGGGACGUCGCCCCAUCCGAGCGGGUGGUCCCGCCACGUCAACCAGGCCGACGGUCGCCCCUACUGGUCCCACCCGCAACACGGCUCGUCCUGGACAAAGCCCCGCGACCUCAAGACCCCGCUCGAGCUCGAGGUCGACAAGUGCCCCUGGGACGAGUACGAGACCAACGGCCGCAAGUACUGGGUCCACCGCGACUCGAAGGAGACGACCUGGAACAUGCCCUCGGACAUCUCGGACAUCAUCCAGCGCUUCAAACGUGCCUCUGAGGCCGCAUCGACCCCUCCUCGGCCCAACCCUCCGCCCAACGCCCCGACCGGCCCUGCCUCGCCCGCCCUCACCGCCCACACCGGCGCCCUCGUCGCUCCCGGCGGCGCCUACUCGCCCGCCGGCCUCCCCGCUCGCCCCGCCUUUGCCUCGUCCACCGCGGGCGGGCCCUCGGCCGCCGUCACCACUGGCGCGAGCACGCCGCAGGGCCCGGCCGUCUACUCGACGUUCGGCGACGCGUCGCGCGCGUUCAAGGGCAUGCUCGAGCGCCUCGGCGUCGACCGCACCUGGACGUGGGAGGUCGUCAUGAAGGAGUGCAUCACGGACCCGGCCUUUCGCGCGCUGCGCACGCUGUCGGAGCGCAAGGCCGCGUUCGAAGAGUUCCUCGUCGAGCGCGACCAGCGCGAGCUCGCCGAGCGCGACGAGAGCCUCGCGCGGUGCCGCAAGGAGUGGGGCAAGGCCAUGGACAAGGUCGGCGGCGGCGUCGGGUUCGAGGACGGCGUCAAGAGCUGGUGGAGCUGGGAGCGCGGCGCGCGCGUCAUGAGCGAAAAGUGCAAGGACGUGUGGGCCUUGCCCCGCAACGACGACGAGCGCAAGAUCCUGUUCGACGAGUACAUCGCCAAGUUGCGCACCCAGGAGGAGACCCGCAAGCGCGAGAUGCGCGGCCGCAACAUGGACAAGGUGACGAGCAUCCUCCAGUCGCUCGCGCUCGACCUCGCCGGCCCGAUCCGGUGGGCCGACGCCCGCGCGCUCGUCAUGCGCACGCCCGAGUGGCACCGAGACCCGGAGCUGCAGCGCAUCGAGCCGAUCGACCUCUUGACCGUGUACGAGGACGAGGUGCAGCGCGCCGAGAAGGAGCUUGCCGAGGCGAGGGCGAGGAUCGCCGAGGACAAGCGCCGUCGUGGUCGCAAGGCGAGGGACGACUACAACGCGCUCCUCGACGAGCUCGUCGCGUCCAAGGACCUCACGGCGGGCACGCCCUGGUCGGCCGUCUACCCGCUCGUGUCGCGCGACCCGCGGUACCUCAACCUGCUCGGCCUCCCCGGCUCGUCGUCGCCGCUCGACCUGUUCUGGGACCGCGUCGACGACCUCGACAUCGCCGCCGAGGAGCGCCUUGUCUUCCUCGAGAGCGUCGCCGAGAAGCACGGCGUCGUGGUCGGCGAGGAGACGGGCGAGGCCGAGUUCAAGAAGGCUGUCGAGGGCGACGAGCGUGUCAAGGAGCUCGGCGACGAGGCGGUCCACGAGGCGUUCGAGACGCUGCGUCACCGCGCUCAACGUGCCGCCCGAGACGCUCGCCGCCGAGCCGAGAAAGCCCUGCGCCUCGCCGUCGACGACCUGCGGUACCUCUUCAAGCGCCUCGACGAUCCGCCGGUCGACGUCGACAAGGACGAGUACGACGAGGUCAUCAAGCGCGAGGACGUCGUCGAGAGCAAGGAGUGGACGGCGCUCGAGGGCAAGGACGAGGCGAGGAGGAGCGCGUGGGACAAGUUUGUCAAGCGGACAAAGGAGAAGCGCGCCGAGCGCGAAGCAGCCGAGCAGGACCGCACCGAGCGGGACCGCGCGUACGAGCGACAGCGGGACCUCGAGCGCGAGCGGGACCGAGGCGAGGGUCGCUCGCGGCGUGCGAGCAGCGCGCUCGGCGGCGGCGGCGGCGGCGAGGCGGGCGACGGACGCAAGCGUGCGGGAGAGGAGGGCGCGGCGGGCGAGCGGGCAAAGAAGGCGCGGUUGGACGAGGGGGAGCAGGAGGUCGGCGGGGACGUCACGAUGAGGACCACCGGCGACGCCCCUCCCCGCCCGACCACCGCAACCAUGUCGACCGACGCCAUUGCCACCACGAUCCCGCCGAGCCACGACGAGGGCCGCUCGGGUUCCAUCUCGAGCACCGACUCGACCUCGCCCAACCUGUCGACCUCGCCCCUCGGUUCGUUCGGCGGCAUCUCGCACGCCUUGCCGUCGCCCGCCGGCGGCCUCAACACGUCGCAGCGCAGCACGUCGCACCGCACCGGCAGCUACGAGGACUCGGUCGACCAGCUCGCCGACGGCACCAACGACCUCGCGCACGAGGAGGACGAGACGCUCGACGCCCUCCGUCGCUACCGCCAGGGACUGUACUCGUACACGUCGUCGCGCUUCGACCGCUUCAAGGUCGACCUCGAGCGCAAGAACGCCCUCGACGGGCACGAGCCGGCCCAGGCUUGAGCCUGCUCGUCUUCGUCGACGACCUUACGACGAUGCACGUCGAGCGACACUCGCAUCCAGCACACGCACACGCCUCGCCGUCGCCGUCGUCGUCGUCGCCUCAUGACAUCACCCUCCCUCCGCUUUGUCUCCCCCUCCCCUCCUUGUCCAUACAGCGCGUUUGAUUCCGGCCUCUCUCUUAGUUCUGCACAUAGCUUCCCCUUCCCCACGUACAUAGCCUCGUCCUUUCCCUUUCCCUCCCUCUCUGUCGCUCGCAACCCUAGCUCGCAUCUCGCACUCUCGCACCCUCUCGCCGCAGCUCUCCCUCCCCGUCUCUUUGUGUACAUACUCGGUGCAAAGCGGGUCUCGCUG